GUAGAUAAAAGAAACUCGUAUUUUCCUUUGGACGCCGCCGCCGCCCCCGCUCUAUAUAAACCCAUCCCCCCCGGCCCCUAAAUCGGCCCCCAUACAAUACGAACCCGAGAAAGCAAAACAAAAGCAAGAGAAAAAAAGAAACCAGUUAUGAUCGCUUAUCUGGACCAGCAGCAGCAGCAGCAGCGCCUCGCCCCCGACGGCGAGAAGGAAACCUCCGCCGCCGGCGGCGCCCCUGGACCCGACGGCGGUGCCCCCGGACCCGACGGCGAUCAGGAUGUCCUCCGGUCUCUCGACUUCCAUGCCGCCACCGAUCCUGCCGCGGUCGCCGCUGCGGCGGAGGACUUCGGCGGGAUCGUCCAGGCCCGGCCCGCGGCGGUGAUCCGGCCGUCCACCACAGACGAUGUCGCCUCCGCGAUCCGCCUCGCCGCCCACUCCCCCCGCCUCACAGUCGCCGCACGCGGCAACGGACACUCCGUCAACGGCCAGGCCAUGGCCGCCGGCGGUCUCGUCCUCGACAUGCGCUACCUCAGCGCCCCCAUGGAGCUCGUCCGCGCCGCCGAAGGCGGCGGCCUUGCCGUCGACGUCCCGGGCGGAGCGCUGUGGGAGGAGGUGCUGGAGUGGGGAGUCCGGCGGCACGGGAUGGCGCCGGCGUCUUGGACGGACUACCUGGGGCUCACCGUCGGCGGGACGCUCUCCAACGGCGGGAUCAGCGGCGAGGCCUUCCGCCACGGACCCCAGAUCUCCAACGUAACAGAGCUGGAAGUCGUAACCGGCGACGGCAAGCGGGUCGUGUGCUCCGCUGGCUCCAGCUCCGACCUCUUCUUCGCCGUCCUUGGCGGCCUCGGCCAGUUCGGCGUCAUCACUCGCGCUCGCAUCCCCCUCCACCCCGCGCCCCACUUGGUAAAGUGGAUAAGGGUGGUCUAUAACCGGUUCGAAGAUUACUCGCGCGACGCCGAAUGGCUCGUGACCCGGCCCGAACCGGACGGCUGCGACUACGUGGAGGGCUUCGCGUUCGUUAACAGCGCCGACCCGGUCAACGGCUGGCCCUUGGUCCCCCUCUCACCCGCCUCGCCCUUCGACCCGGCCCUCAUCCCGGCCGGCUCAGGCCCGGUCCUCUACUGCCUCGAGCUUGCACUCCACUUCAACCACGACGAACGCGGUGCCAUCGAACAGCGAGCGGACGAGAUCGUGCGGCGGCUGCGGUACAUCCGGGGGCUGGAGUUCGCGGUGGAAGCGACGUACGUGGACUUCCUCUCGCGCGUGAAGCGGGUGGAGGAGGCGGCGCGUGCGAACGGCUCCUGGGCGGCGCCCCACCCCUGGCUCAACCUCCUUGUCGCCUCAUCAGACAUCAUCGAUUUCGAUCGCAACGUCUUCAAGCGAAUCUUGAAGCACGGCAUCGGUGGGCCCAUGCUGGUCUACCCGCUGCUCCGGCGCAAGUGGGACCGGCGGACUUCGGUGGCGUUGCCGGACAGCGAGAUAUUCUACCUGGUGGCGCUGCUGCGGUUCAGCCGGGCGUACCCGGAGGGGCCGGCGGCGGCGGAUCAGGUGGCGCAGAACCGGGAGGUCGUGGAGUGCUGCCGAUCCAACGGCUACGACUUCAAGCUCUACCUCCCCCACUACCAAUCCGAGGCCGACUGGGCCGACCACUUCGGCCGACAGUGGCCCCGCUUUGUCGACCGCAAGGCCCGCUACGACCCCCUCGCCAUUCUCGCCCCCGGCCAGAAGCUCUUCUCUCGCUCUCGACCGCCGUCACCGGCACUACCUUAAUAUAAAGAAAGAAAACAAAGCUACGAUAGCCGUUAGCUUUCGGAAUGGCUGUCGCUGAGGAUGACGACGACGGACGAUGGUGGUGGUGGGGGGGGCCCGGAGGUGAUGAUGAUGCUGGGAUAGUUUUUGUGUGGGUUACUGCGCUGAUGGACAGAAGAUUCUUGUCUUCCCUCUUGCCAUCCUUUAUAUCAAAUGAUUCUGUCUCUCGGCAUACAUAUGUGAUAUGAUGGUGAUGAUGAUGGCAGAAGUUGAGCCUGGGGACCCUCUCUUGCUCAGGUUACCGAGAUCUUUGUUGGACAGCUGAAGUGAGGUGAUGGCCCAAGGUGCUUUUGGACCUAGUUAUUAUAUGUCAAUCACCCUUUCAAUCAUCCUGAUGUAUUGAUUUAAGAAAAACCAUUAGCCAGCUAUAAUUAGAACAGCUAGCAUUUCCUGGCAAAUGUAUCCGUUUGGCAGAGCUCGAGAAAAGUUUAUCAAGAAGUAUGUCUUAAGAUGGAUGCCAACUUGGAGGGUGUUAGGUUUGAGGUAUUGUCGAUGGGUGAAUAGCUCAAGAUAAGAUGAAGACUGCCUCCCUUUAUUAAAUCUUGAUCAGUGUUUGAUGUUA